GGGUGGUCACCAGCCGUCAUCUUCCCAACUCAGCACUGCACCUGCCCCCGGCAUCCAGUCGAGUGGCUGUGCUUUGCUGUCGACGUCUCCCGCCGUGCUGCACGUCGCGGUUGGCGCAGGCCAAUUCUGUAGCUCUUUAGGAUCUCUACCCCGUUCUGGUGUCAAGAGUUCAGUCAUCAGGUGUCUGCGUGUUGGCCGCUGACUACAUUCGACUACUUUUUGUAGGAGGACUCUGCAAACAAUGCUGCCCAUCACAGUAUCCUGAUAUGAGAGCAGAGUUGCUGACGAAUCCACUCAAGGAGGCGGAGAUCUCCGGAGUCUUAUCCACAAACGAAAAGCAACAGAAUUGACAGAGGUUCAAGGGAGAAUAAACAGAUGGAGGCGCGAGGGUCAUCGGCCCCGAAUGGGGUGAGGGAAUGGAUGGGAAUUAUGCAGUUCCCAGUUGCGACUCAGGCAUCGUUGCACGAUCUGCUUGCAAGACUUCGAAAAGAUAAUAGGGACUCGUUGACGAUCUUGGUGUUAGGGAAAUGUGGUGUAGGGAAGAGCUCUACAGUGAACUCAAUUUUUGGUGAGAGGGUUUGCGUCGUUAGUGCUUUCCAGUCGGAGACAAUUAGACCAACAAUCGCCUCGAGAACGCGGGCCGGAUUUACACUCAACAUUAUUGAUACGCCAGGACUUGUGGAAGCAGGUUGUGUGAGCGACGAAGCCUUUGAUGCCAUCCGGAAAUUCCUUCUCGACAGACCUGUGGACGCCGUGCUCUACGUUGACCGGCUGGACAGUUAUCGUGUUGAUUCGUUAGACCAUCAGGUCAUGACAACAUUGACCCGGAUAUUUGGGCCAUUACUUUGGAAAAUCGCAUUGCUGGUGCUCACACGGGGCCAAAUUGUUCCUCCAGAUGGUACAAACUACUCUGAGUUCGUCUCAAGACGAACUGAGGCCUUGAGGGAAGCAAUUCACCAGGCAGCCAAGUUUAAGAAGAGCGAUCCUCAGAUUCCCACUGUCGUGGUGGAGAACAGCGGGCGAUGCGCCACAAAUGAUGAUGGGGAGAAGGUGUUGCCAGACAAGACAGUAUGGAUACCGAAUCUCGUGAGAAAUAUUGUGGAGGUGGUGACUGGGGAAAAGGCAUCAACGUACACCGUGGAUGAACGAACGAUCAAGGGGUCUCAUGGCAGCUGGUGGCCCAAGUUGAUGACAAUACCAUUGUUCCUGUUUCAGUUGAAGGUUGUGUAUCCGUUGAUACGAGCACAAGUAUUUGCAGAUAUUGACGAGGGGGAAGAAGAGGAGUGAGACGGCGGACGGAAGGACGGCAGUAGCUUUGAGAUUCUAGAGAGGGUGGUGACGGUUCAUAAGCAUGCUGUGAAGUGAGUAGUGUUUACAGAUUGUUUUGAUGAAUUCAAUCAAAUUGAGCUAGCUUUGCUUCUAGCUAUAUGUCUUGCAGUCAUUAUCUUUGACAUUGCCGGAUUUCUUUCUUGCCUAUUUUAGCCUUUUUCGCUUGAUGCCCUUUUCUCAUCAAAGCCGAAUAGCUGCAGACAGUCCUGUUGUUUCAGGAACAUCAUUCUCCUCCUCCUUGCUAACAGUGAUUUCUCUUUUCCCUUCUGCCCUUCACCAAUCUAUACUUCAUAACCUGUCCUCCACCGGAUGGACUGGUGAUGAAUCAUCAUGAUGCCAGUCGCUGCUACCUUGAGACAUGCCUUCAUUCUGGCUGUCUCGUGAUGAACGAGUCAUCACAAUGAUUCAAAUACUUCUUGAUAUCUUUGCAGCCAACAAUGUGUUUGUAAGAGAGAGAGAGAGAGAGAGAGAGAGAGAGAGAGAGAGAGAGAGAGAGAGAGAGAGAGAGAGAGAGAGAGAGAGAGACAAUGGUGGGAGAAGAAAACUGGAAAGAGCACGGUGAGUGAAGGAUGGAGAUCACAAGAAGUGGGUGUGUCGGUGUCGCAGGAUGCUCGGAGGUAAGGGAGAUUAUGUGUCAAUUUGUGGAAAGCGGUGCAGUGUUAGUAAUAAGAAUAUUACAGAUUAUUGCAGCAAGGGGUGGGUGUUAGAUGACAUGAAGUUAUAGUGACUUCGUAUACGGAUCAACCGAAGACAGAAUGGUGGUCGUGUAUUCCAUACCCUUUUAUGCUUUUUUAAGAAGGUUUUGCCAAUUAAUAUGGACUUCGUAUGAAGAGAUGUGGUCAUCACUUGUCAGGACAACCCAUGAUGCCUGCAUUCCAUCUGCAGCAGGUUUGUAAUCGCCAUGCACUCCAGCGUUACUAUGGUUCACCAGGUCCAGCCAUAACCGAUCAUAUAGAUGGUCUGUUGCCACCCAUAGCAUGCUCAUGAUACCUUCCUUACCUUUCCGGACUGUCAGAACGACAAGACAACCCACAGGUGCAACAGGCGCGGCAAGGCGGCAGAGCGCAGACAAGGCAGUCUACACAUCCAACACGGAGCAAAGCGGCCAGCACAUCGCCUACUCACACUGCAGGCAAACCCCGCAGACUGUUGGUUCCUACCCACCUGCUGAGCCAGGGAGUCGCCCAGAUGGAUGUCUGUCAUCAGCCAUUCACCAUAUGCAACACACAGACAUCACGAACUGAGCGGCUCCCCUAAGAGUCCUGCAGGCGCUCCAAACAACGGACCACCUACCGUUUAGCACUUCUUGAAGGUGCUCACUCAGACACGGAAAGUAAGCAGCAAGAACGACAUACAGAUAAAACAGCGAGAAAAAAAGGCAAACAAACAAGCCGAAAGAAA